GCUAUGUCUGGACAUUACAGGUUACAGGUGAUACCAUGAAUGAAUCGGGAUGGACUGGCGGGAAUGGUGUCCCCCCAAAAAUGACCAUCGUUAGAGACUUUCUCAAAGAACUUGAGGAUUUACAUCCUAAGCCUCGAGAGAAAAAUGAUUGCAUCUCCUCGCUCCUGUCCUGUUCCUCUGACAACAUGAACUACACAUGCUUCUCUGAAGCAAGCAACGUGACUACGGAUCCUCUGGGGGGACACCAGGUGUGGGAGGUGGUCCUCAUCGUCCUCAUCACUGGCCCUCUCUCCCUCAUCACCAUCCUGGGCAACCUGCUAGUGGUCAUCUCCUUCCGGGUCAACGCCCAGCUUCGCACCACCAACAACUACUAUCUACUCAGCCUUGCGGUGGCUGACCUCAUACUGGGCAUGGUGUCCAUGAACCUCUACACGGCGUACAUCAUCACGGGCCGCUGGACACUGGGCCACGUGGCGUGCGACAUCUGGCUCGCCGUGGAUUACGUCUCCAGCAACGCCUCCGUCAUGAACCUACUGGUCAUCAGUUUCGAUCGGUACUUUUCGGUCACGCGGCCCCUGACCUACCGGGCCAAAAGGACGCCAAAGCGAGCCAAGCUGCUGAUCGCCCUGGCGUGGAGCGUCUCGUUCAUCCUCUGGGGCCCGGCCAUCUUGUUCUGGCCCUACAUGGUUGGCCGUCCGCCAGGGGAUGAUCAGGUCUGCUCCAUACCUUUCUUCAAGGUGCCGCUGCUCACGUUCGGGACUGCCAUCGCCGCUUUCUACCUGCCCGUCUGCAUCAUGGCCAUCCUGUACUGGAGGAUUUACUGGGAGAUCGAGAACCGGUCCAAGGGGCUCUCCAUGCUGCUGGGACAGAACGGAGGCGCGGGGACCCCCAACAGUUCGGACCUGCCGUCAGUGUACCCCGACAGCGCACAGAGCAGCUUGAGGGCCCACAGGGUGCCCCAGACGCCUGCAAGGACCAGGAGGAGCCAGAAGAGGCAGGUGGGCUGCUUCCCAAAGACUGCGAGAGCUCAGCAACUCAGCACGGGGAAAAAGGUGGCAGCCAUUUUGGAGCUGGCAUCCCAGAGAUGUGAGGGCAGUUUCCAGGAAGGGUACAGCCGCAAUAGCUGGAGUGGCGACAACGAAGAGGAAGAAGAGGAAGAUGACGCCAUUGGGUCGACGUCUACUGAAGAGGAACUGGAACAGGAGAUCAAAGGGUCGAACACCACAGCCACCAUCAAGCUGAAGCAUCUACAUGAAGCAUCAGAUGGCAAUCGGGACAUUAAGAUUUCACCCCGAGCAACCGUGGAGGGACCAUCCACCGCAGCUGGAGGGUCAAGCAUGCAGUCCUCCCUCAACGGGCCUAAACACAAGGACCCAGGGCCUUUGAAGCAACAGAAGGGAAAAAGGCGACGCAACAUGAUCAUUAGGGAGAAGAAGGCAGCUCGAACACUGAGUGCUAUCCUGCUAGCAUUCAUUCUGACCUGGACGCCAUACAAUGUUAUGGUGCUGGCCUGGUCCAUGUCCUACUGUGUGCCAGACAAGCUGUGGCAGCUAGGCUACUGGCUGUGCUACGUCAACAGCACCGUGAACCCCAUGUGUUACGCCCUUUGCAACAAGUCCUUCCGCAGCACCUUUAAGUCACUGCUGCUCUGCCGUCAGACUGACCGCAAGACCUGGGACGCCAGUCGACGCAGUCACCACAUGUCUGCCAGGAUGCAGUCUUGCAGUACUGUAUGAGCACUCACACACACA